AUCCUAGGUGAGGGGAGAAGCAAUGCCACAGGCGAUCAACAAGAUCUUACGCGUCGAGAGCAGGCUCUACACCUACGUGUAUGGAGAAGAUAGAUCAUCUGAUCAGCACACUGCACUCGAUCAAAAUCUUGUUUUCCGCGAGGUAUGAUGUCAACUCAAAUUUUGCUUAUCACGAAGGAAUAGGAUCCCCAAAUGCCUGGACCACGUCAUCAACGAUGUGAGAUACCAUGGUGUCGACUAUCCCCGGCCUUUUGGUGGUCGGCAGACAUCUCGAUCUAUCGGCCUGAUCGCCAGGAUUCAAAAGUGACCCUGGACACAGAAGCAACAAACAAUAAAAGCGGCCCGAGCUCACGGUUUGCGACUACCAUGUCGUCGCAUGGUGGAGGUGGUGGAGGGGGUGGAGGGACACUAGAAAUGUCAAUUGGGUCGCACACACAUGCAUGCACUUCUGCACACCCUGUAAUGGCACUAGCAGCUGCAAGUUGCGCUUGUGAAAGUUGCACUGCGGGUGUCCUCUUGGAGAAUAGAGUUUCUUUGGGGCUGAUGGCGGGGUUCGUCCGGUCGUACUCGGUAUUAUUGUCGACAUGUCACUAUCUGAUUCCCGGGGAGAUUGGGUAGGCUGGAUCAGUGUCUAGACGUGAGGAGACUGGGUGUGAUUGACAGGGACAAUCAAGCCUGCGUCGUCUAUAUGAAGAAAGCCACGAUGGAGUCAAUGUCACCGGAUAGACAAACAAUACUCAAUGUUCUGGUCACUGUCCAUGAUGGGCUGAAUCAAGGGGCGAAGACUGUCAGUUCUGUGCUAAAAACAAGUCUAGAUCAGC